AACCGGCCUUGUUAGCACAGUGCUAGCGUUAGCAUGGCGGCAUUAGUGCGGCAGUGCUAGUGUUAGCAUUAGUGCGGCGGUGCUAGCGUUAAACUCUUUGUGUACUGUCUUUCUUUGUAAAUAUCUCGUGUUUCAAUGUGGGCACUUGCAGCUUUUACACAGCUGCAGCCCAUGUAUGUACCAAAUGGUAUUUCCUUUACAAAUGUACUGGGUGAGGCUUAUGACCAGGUGUGACCAGGUGUAUGUUCAUACAUACAUACAUACAUACAUACAUAAUGUAGAAUAAGAAAACGCAAAGCUAUGUACACAGAUAAAUUACAUUUUAAUUUUUUUUGCAAUUUUAUUGAGGGCAUCUCAGUGAACAAAUGGUUAGCACAUGUGCCUCACAGACCUGAGGACCAGGAUUCAAAUUCUGACCCUGCAUGUUCUCCCUGUGUGACCAUGGGUUUUCUCCGGGUACUCCGGUUUCUUCCCAAAAACUCGUGUUGCAGGUUGAAGACGCUAAAUUGCCCACAGGUGUCAAUAUGAUAGUGAUUGGUUGUUUCUAUGUGCCCUGUGAUUGGGUGGUGACUAGUUCAGGGCGUACACCGCCUCUCGCCCGGAGAUAGCCGCGUUAGGCUCCAGCACACUUGUGACCCUAGUGAGGAUAAGUGGAACAGAAAAUGAAUGAAUGAAUUAAUGAAUGUCUAUAAAAGGCAGUGCAUAUCAGCGCAGAAAGCAAGCAAUGAAGUUUAACGAAUUGUCUCCAGACAUCCGAGACUGGAUUGUGUCAAGACACAAAUCUGGGGAAAAGAUUUAAUCAGCUUUGAAGUUCAUGAAAAGCGCUCUCGUCUGAAUUAUUCGGAAAUGGAAUAAAUUUGAAACCAGCAAAUUACUAUAAUAUUCGUAUUGUACAUUAUUUGACAUGUCGUGGAAUCAUGUGUGCAUGCUGCAAUUUUUGUGGUAAAUGAAAUAAAUGCGUUAUUGACUAAAACACUAAAAUAGAAAAAAAAAUCAUUAAACCACAUAUUCCAAGGAAUAAAAUGUACAUAAUUUACAAAAUUAUUGUACGAUACUGUAUGUUUAGAAGUUCAAAAGGUGAGUAUAGAAAGUGUAUAAAAGGGUAUGGUAGGGGUUAAUGGGAAUAGGGGGGAGAUUGAUAGAUGUCUGGGGAGGCUCAUACAACUUUAAAACAUAUAUAUAUUUUUUUUAAAUUGUAGCUACUACUUCAUUGAUUUCACCUAUUGCAGGGGUUUUCUGAACCUAACACCUGCCAUAAACGAGGAUCUGUAAUUUUUGUUGCUGUUGUUUUAAAUAAUGAGGCCUCAAUGCUUGCCUCAUCGGUAGGAAAAUGAUGCAUGAUGUGGUGCAAAGUCAUUUAUCAUCAUUGUUAUGAACGUGCUCUUUUUAUUGUUAUUAUCAGUCGUAGUUUGACUGUAUUGCGUUGAUGAGGGAGCGAGUGGUGCUAACAUUAGGCGUCGUGACGCAUAGCUGUGUGUCUAAGGAGCAUCCAGCUGCAAGUUGAGGCAAGGUUGGACCCCAGGAACCAAUGGAGCCCUUUGCUCCUUCCCCACGUUGCUCCUCCGAGAAGGAAAGCAGACACCGGCUCUUGCGGAACACUCCUCUGUCCCUCCCUCCCUUACCGCCUCCCUCCCUCCUCACUUGAGCCUCAGCUUUCUCCUUCCCCGUGCAGCACCCGCUCGGUCCCCCCGAUGAGCCAGGACGCACUCCUCCUCCUGAGCCCCGUCCGUGUCAUGAGACAGUCAGUGUAGUCGCUCCUGACGCCCCCCGUGGACUCCUUUUCCACAGCUUUGGUUUGGUUCCAUGAAAUAAUGCCAUGGUUGCAGGAGUGCACGGUUCUUCUUCUUCUGCUGCUGCUGCUGCAACGCUCUGUUUUCUCCCUGGCAGGCGGCCAUGAAGACUUGAACCUCUCUCUCUUUGCAGGACAAGAUGGCGCACCUCUGUCAGGAUCUGUGAUCCAUCCAGUGAAAACCAACGCCGCCGGAGAGUUCAUCUCCCACUCUCUGUCGCACCGUUUCAAGAAUGGGCGAGUCAGGCGAGACCUGAGUGCGGCGGGACAGGUUUACUACAAGCUCAACUACACGGGUCGCGCUUUAUUGCUAAAUUUGACCGAAAACCAUCAGCUGCUUUCAAGCGACUACAUCCUGGAACGCCGCAACGGCGACGCCAACCGGACCGAGAGUCGGCGGACUCCCGCGGAGGCAUCCUGCCACCUUCUCGGCACCGUAGAAGUCUCUGGAGUGAAAGGGACAGCUGCCAUCAGCGCGUGUAAUGGUCUGAGAGGCUUCUUCUCCCUGCCCGAGGGGCACUUUUUCAUCGAGCCGCUCCCAAAAUCUCCGAGUGAUCCCGCAGGUUCCCCAGAGCCGCACAUCAUCUUCCCGAGAGUUGCCGCGGUAACGCGCAGGGCGAAACGCAGCAGUGCCGGGGCCCAACAGACAUCGGGCCCGUGCGGAGUGACGGAUGGCGACUUUGCUCGGCUGGAGAGGGAAAGGGAGGAGUGGGAGCGGGACUGGGGGGCCGGUCCGGCUGAGUCCCGCUCCCGGCGUUCGGUCAGCAGGGAGCGCUGGGUGGAGACCAUGGUGGUGGCCGAUUCCAAGCUCAUCGAAUAUCACGGCGGCGACAACGUGGAGUCCUACAUCUUCACCAUCAUGAACAUGGUGGCGGGCAUCUUCCACGACGCCAGCAUCGGGAAUGCCAUCCACGUCCUCUUGGUUCGUCUGAUUCUACUACAUGGAGAAGAGAAAGGCCUGAAGAUCGUCCACCAUGCUGACACCACUCUGUCCAGCUUCUGUGCCUGGCAGAAGAACUUAAAUCCACAGAGUGACACGCAUCCCGCCCAUCAUGACCUGGCUGUGUUGGUCACCAGGAAGGACAUCUGUGCCGGGAUGAACCAACCUUGCGAGACUUUAGGCUUGUCUCAUCUUUCUGGCAUGUGCCAACCGCACCGCAGCUGCAACAUCAACGAGGAUUCGGGCUUACCGGUGGCCUUCACCAUCGCCCACGAGAUGGGUCACAGCUUCGGAAUCCAUCACGACGGCCAAGGGAACGACUGCGAGGUGGGAGGCAGGCACCCCUUCAUCAUGUCCAGACAGCUGAUGUACGACAGCUCGCCUCUCACGUGGUCGUCCUGCUCGAAGGACUACAUCACACGCUUCCUCGAUCGUGGAUGGGGUUUCUGUCUGGACGAUCGUCCUUCCAAAAGAGACAUGACAACGCCUCUGGCGCGCCUGGGCGUUCGCUACACCACGCACCACCAGUGUCAGCUCCAGUACGGACCCAAUGCCACCUUCUGCAACGAGGUGGAUAACAUUUGCCAGAUUCUUUGGUGCUCUGUGAAUGGCUCUUGUCGCUCGAAACUGGACUCGCCUAUUGAUGGGACUCGCUGUGGACCAGAGAAGUGGUGUAUCUCUGGAGAGUGCGUGAUUGUAGGCAAACUGCCUGAGACUGUGAAUGGAGGCUGGGGACAAUGGACUACUUGGUCUCACUGCUCCAGGACCUGCGGGACCGGUGUCCAGUCAGCGGAGAGAGAAUGUACCAACCCCAAGCCAGUGUUCGGGGGGAAAUACUGCACGGGGGAGAGGAAGCGCUAUCGGACGUGUAACACGAGACCCUGCCAGAACAACAAUCCCACAUUUAGAGAGAUGCUGUGCAGUGAGUUUGACACGGUGCCCUACAACAACGAGCUCUACAAGUGGAUUCCUGUGGCUAACCCCUUGAACCCUUGCGAGCUCCACUGCCGGCCCGACACGGAGUAUUUUUCGGAGAAGAUGCUCGACACGGUCACUGACGGAACGCCGUGCUUCAUGAACAACAACUCCAGAAACAUCUGCGUCAAUGGAGUGUGCAAGGAGGUGGGCUGUGACUAUGGCAUCGACUCAAAUGCAGUGGAGGAUCGUUGCGGAGUGUGCUUGGGCGACGGCACGAGCUGUAAGACGGUCUACAAGUCGUUUGAGGAGGGAGAAGGUUUCGGGUACGUGGACGUGGGGGUGAUACCUGAGGGCGCCCGGGACAUCCUGGUGAAGGAAACUGAGGAGGCAGGUAACUUCCUGGCUCUGAGGAGCCAGGGCUCGGAGGACUACUUUCUCAACGGGAACUACAUCAUCCAGUGGAAUGGGGAGUACCAGGCCGGUGGGACCACCUUCUACUAUGAACGUAGCGGGAACGUGGAGAACCUCACCGCGCCUGGACCCACCAAGGAGCCGGUCAUGCUCCAGUUGUUGUUUCAGGAGAAGAACGCCGGACUCAAAUACGAGUACACAAUUAAGAAGAGCAAAGAUACGGGAAAUGAGGUCACCAAACCAAUUUACAGAUGGAGACAUGGAGCCUGGACGGACUGCACCACCACCUGCGGUCUUGGUGAACAGCACCAGCCUGCACGCUGCUUUGAGAUGGAUGUGGGCGUUGUAGAUGAGUCUCUGUGUGACCCAGAAAGCCGUCCAGAAGACAGACGUCGGAAAUGUAAGAACAUGGAUUGCCCGGCCAGGUGGUGGGUUGGAGGCUGGCAGCAGUGUACGGCCGUCUGCGGAUCGGAAGGCUUGCGGAAGCGAACGGUGCUCUGCGUCCGCACGGUUUCGGGUGAGGAAAGGGUGCUCCAUCCUGUGGAGUGCAAGCAGCUCCUUAAACCCAAACCUGUCGUACCGUGCAACAGAGAUGUACCCUGUGGACAGGACUGGACUGUUGGACUCUGGGAAGACUGUCCAGUCACAUGUGGAGGAGGUGUCCGCUCCCGCACUGUUACAUGCGCAUUAGCACCCCCCAAAACCUGCGACCUCACUACCAAACCACGCACCCGAUCACUGUGCGCUCUGCAGAGCUGCCCAAGCUCAAGUCUCCAGCGACGACCUGGACCUCCUCCGAGAUACCGCCGCAUUUACCCGCCAAAGAGAAAGCCAACUAAACCUUCCUACCCCACUGGGGCUACUGCGAGUACCUCACCCAGAACUACGACUACCACUCCAUAUUCAACCUAUAGAAUCCCAACCCUUGAUAUUGAUCAUGAUCCAAGUCAAGCAACGACAGAAGCAGAGGAGGGAGUGGACAGUGAGGAAGGAAGCACACCCGACGUGGUGAUGAAUGUUCCUGGUUAUGACUACGUCACAGAAGAGAGGACACGAGAGGAGGAGGGGAUCAUUGACCUGGACAUCGGUACUACUUGGUUCAAAGAUCCUCUUAAAUUGACCACACUAGUGCCGCAUGUCAUCAUCACGCCCACUUUACAAACAAGCGGCCCUGGCAUACACACAACCACCGAAGCCACCACAUCCUCCUCUUUCACCCCACACGCUACUGCCGAGAUCAGUCACAACACCACUCCUCGCGUCACUCCAUACAGCCUCCGGAUGCCCAGCAUUCCUCUAACUACUCCCAUGUUGAGGUCACGUUCGGUUCCACCCAAAACCGGCCUCCACACAACAAAAGUUCCUUCCACGCCGUUCAGCACUGCACUGUGGCCCCAUACCACAAGAAAAGUUAUUAAAACGAAGAAGCCUGCUGUGACUCCCAAGAAAAGUGUCUCUGCGAAAAAAAAUUCACCCCGGUCUAAAGGUAACCGCUCCAAGAGCCAAAGUCAGCCGUCUCCCCACCCCACCCGAGACCACGGAGAGCCAGUCAGCAUGGAUGUGUUCUGGCUUGUAGGAAACUGGAGUGAGUGCUCAACCACCUGUGGAAUCGGCGCAGUAUGGAGGACAGUUACAUGCAGUUCGGAGAAAGACGAGGACUGUGCAACCACCAAGAAACCUGAACCUGCUCGCACCUGCCAUUUACAGCCAUGCGCCAUCUGGAAAAGUGGCAGCUGGAGCAAGUGUCCAGAGAACUGUGCAGUGGUGGGAAAGCGGUACCGGGAUGUCCAGUGUGUUGAUUCCCAGAAUCAACGUCCUCUUCGGCCCUUCCACUGUCAGGUGGUGUCCAGCAAACCUGUCAGUACAUUGACGUGUCCCCACAAGGUCUGUGUGGACUGGAAUGUGUCACCCUGGGGACCGUGCUCCGGGAGCUGUGGUGAGGGAACACGUGAGCGGCUGGUGUACUGUCCGGUGCCUCACGGUUGUGAUGCUGCGCUGAGCCCGAAUAGCACAGAGUCAUGCAGCCUGAAGCCUUGCGCCAACUGGAGGACAGAAGAGUGGGGGCAGUGCUCUGUGAGCUGCGGAGGAGGUCGGCAGCAACGUGACGUCGUCUGCGUGAAUUCUGAGGAUUCUGGUGUAAUGCCAGACAGCCUGUGUGAGAAGCUGUCCAAACCAGAAGCUUUCAGGAAGUGCAAUAAGCAGGAAUGCCAGGCCGCUUCAGGGCCGACUUGCAGGAAAAACACAAUGUCCUCUCGCUUCUGCGACAAGCUGAAGCUGUUGGGCCGCUGUUCUCUCAGGUCGGUGCAAAAACAGUGUUGUAGCACCUGCAGAUCGUAGACGGCUACACCCGCUCUCGAUGUGUCUCCCUUGGAGCUACGUACUGUACUUCAUGACUACACGUGGAACUGGCCAGCGGCAAGGAAAAUGAAACAUUUGACGUGCACUGGAACCUUUGAAGUCCAACACAAUUGGUUUUGGAACAUUUCUCGACCUCCUACUUGUACCGCUUUCGUAUUUCACGAGAGCUUCCAUUUUAGGUUCUAUGGUUGUCACCAACCCAACAUGAUUGUUUAUGUUCUUGGGUGGGGUUUCUCCAAGUGGUUCCACAUUCCAAAAAUAUGCAUCUUAGGUUCAUUGAAGACUCUGAAUUGUCCAUAGGUGUGAAUGUGACUGGUAGUUUGAAUAUGUGUUUAGCGAUUGGCUCGCAACCAGUUCAGUGGGUACUCCGCCUCUUGCCCAAAAUUGUCUGGGGUAGGUUUCAGCUCCCCCGCGAAAAAAAAAAAAGAAAAACGUAAACGCUUAAUAGCCGCUUACAAGUUCCCAAUAGAGCUCGUGUACCUACGUCAUAAAAUCACGUGACUUUUCUUUACGUCGCCAUUUUGCCGGUUGUCGGUUGGAGACGACACGAAAAUAUGUCUUAUAGCACGACGUCCAGUCUUGUCAGAUACCGUUAGGUGAAAACAAACGAAGGUACGUGGAAGAAUUUGAUAAACUCUGCAUAGACAAACCGUAUUUAAUGCCGAAGUCGAUGUUUUCGCGGAUAAGAAUUUGGACUGUUAAUUCGCUUCCGCUUGUCUCGGACAACUGGAUCUACACACGUGUCUCAUGAGUAAGUCGUUGAGAUUUACACGGAAAAGUUUGAAAGGAUAUAAAAGUCUGGACGCAUACAAAUACUUCAUUGCUGGAUCUGUUCUCAAUCAGGAAUAAAUCCCACAUAGUAACGGGUUGACAGCCCAUGAAGGCGGAAGCGUAUCCGGCCACGCGUUAACCUUUGCUGGAAUCCAUCGAUCUUUUCAGCUAGUAUUCAAUACAAAUAUUAAUAUAAAUGACCCCUGGUUUUACACAAACUCGCAUUCAUUUCAGCUGGUAUUCCAUGGACGGAUCUCUUUGAAUAUCUGUCUCGUCUCUUGUGACAACCAACAGCACAACAGGUCUCAGGUAUUGUAAAUAUUCUCCUCCGGUUCGAUGUCCCCCAAAAUGUCGAGCAGCUCUGUUUUACCGGCAAUGUGGUGCCGUGAAAAUGGUGACGUCACGUGCUCGAGCUCUAUAGAUGACCAGUCAACCACUGGACUUGAGAGGUUCCACAGUUUUUUGAUUAAGAAUGCUUAAUUAUGUUAGCAGUUUAGUUAUGUAAAUAUGGGUACACACACAUUUUUAACAUCUUAACCAAUGUUUAAAUUACGACACAACAAGGAAAAAGGUGUUACGUGUGUAUUGCUCUUAUUGUGUGUGGUGUACUCGAGGUAACACAGCAGACCAAAAACCCAUCAUCGCGUCUUCAUCGGACAACAAUGAACCUGGUGACCACACACAAGAGGAUUUUUCUUUUUGAAAUCAUAAAUAUCGAAUCUGGAUGAAUAUUUCCGGGUGUACUGUCAACCCUGACUGAGCAGUUAGGGACUGAAACCACCGCCCACAUCACAAUCUGGUCUUAGUGGGUUUUGAUCACAAGGGAGCGAAAUUUCUCCAAUUGAACUCGAUUGUCAAUACGUGUGUAAUAUUGAUUGACAUCAUAAGGAGUAGACCGUGUUUUGGUCAAUUCAUCAAUGGAUGCGAUCGGUGCAAUUCAAGAUCGCCACACGUUGACUUCCUGAAAAUUGAACUGGUGUGUCCCUAUUUUUAGGAGCCAACUGUCCAUGAAAGGUGCUUUGUCUUACAGCUAGACUAUUUGCGCAAAAUUCAUUUUAUUUUCAACUGGCAAAAGCAGAAUGUAAAUAAGGAUAUUUUUUAACCUCUUUUUAAUCCCGUUGAAAACAACAACAUGCUUAUUUAGUGUAGUCGUCUUAAUUGUGCUUUUCAUUGUUGAUUUGGCACUGUGGGGGAAAAGUUUCAACUGUGUUUCUGUUACGUGAGCUGCAGAACUCCGUACUUGAACCGUGGUGCUCCUCUGGCGUGAAAGUGACCAAUGACAAAGAGGCGUUGCAGGUCAUCCCCUCUCAGGUCCCUCAAAGGAUGGCAACUGCGUUUUAUAUGAAUUUGUACAUAUCAUUGUCAUACAUGUGGUUCUCCAGCAAUAAACAGGACCAUUAAAGACCCCCCUCUGUGCUUUGUGACGUUUUUGACUUGCAAGGCCUUUUUUAACGACAGCCCGAGAAGUGACGGGCUCAGGUUCAGGGAUCGGUUUCAUCUGGCCCACAUUUUGCCUCCCAGGUUCCGCCGUGCCAGAUUACAACACGCGGAAUGACAGCACCGCCCCGUUCGCCCCUGCUGCUGUCAUUCAAGCGAGAUCCCAAGAGUUAGUCAGCAGUAUUGGAAGGAGGAACACAAUGUGGGGCUUCG